AUGGAGUAUAGCGAUUGGGAACAAUCUUAUAAUGAAGUUCCCAAAUGGUUACAAGCUGCCCAACAGACUAAUCCUGGGACAAUUUUCCAACUUUUCAGUCCUCUAGUUAAUGUUGAUGGUGAGGAUGCGACAUCCAAAUACAUUAUGGAACGCUGCUUCUGGGCAUUUGGACCAUGCAUUGAAGGUUUUAAGUAUUGUAAACUUAUUGUUCAAGUCGAUGGAACAUUUUUAACAAGCAAAUAUCCUGCCACCUUGCUAACUGCAAUUGCUCAAGAUGGAAAUAGAAACAUAUUUCCUUUGGCAUUUGCAAUAGUAAAAGCUUACGAAGUAAAACAACCUACAGUGCAAGCAAAACUUUCAGCUUUGAGGUCCCAAUUCUCGCAAGUUGUAGCUUGGAUUGAUUAA